AUGGAGCCUUCCGUGUCUCUCCGACGACCCACCCCGGGCCCCGCAGACGCCCGAGGCCGGCACUCAGAAUGCAAGGCGGCGGAUAGCACUCAUGCCGGAUUCACCGACUUGCCUCCGGAAAUCCAUCUUCUCAUAUCGAAGCAGCUCAUUUAUCCCGAUGCGCUCUCCCUCAAGCAUACCAGCAGCUACUUUUACUACCUCGUGGACACUGGUGUCCGGUUAAAGGUGGAAUGGCUGAUGGAACGCCGGAUGUUACAUCUCGAGUGUCCCAACGAUAAGCGAUGUGAUCUUGGCAGUGAUCUACGGUUUUGCAGGGGUAGCGUACCACUCUUGAUGCAACGGCGGCGAGAACACAUGGAGUGCGAGUCGAGACCGGGCUUGGGUUGUCUUGUGUACGGCACGUCGGUUUGCUCUCAUCGCAGGAAACUUGGCGCGCGAUGUCAGCGCUGGCUUAGACGACGGUUGACGAUUGAGCUCUGGUGGGUGUUGAUUGCGUUGGUACCGAUCAUCUUUUGCUGGCUCUGGAUGGCUGAGUUUGCGAAAUGGGCAGCUGGCUCGUUGUCGAAUUCUUCAUCGACUUUGACAGAGUCAUUGAUGAGGUGA